AUGGAGAACGAUGAGAUUUCAGAGAACGGUGAGCCGAGCAAUCAAGAACGUGACGGAGCAAGUAUCUACAGCAAUCAACAUGGUCAGUACGAUGGACAUAGCAAUAGCCAUGCAUUUCGUCAACUCCAACCACCAUCGAAUAAUCCAGGCAUUUUUGGUUCCCCAGAAUACUGGCAGUAUGGCAGCCGUAGCCAUCAUGACAUUGGUGGUCCGAUGAGGUCCAAUGCAUUCCCAUCAUCGUCUGCCAAUCCAUCCUUUUUUAGAAGCUCAACUAAUCAGUAUGGGCAGUAUGGACACAACAACCGUGAUAAUGACAGCCAUUCAUUUCAUCAAUUCCAAACAUCUAACAAUCGAUUUAUGUUUGGCGGUCCCAGUGAUCAACACCGAGGUUCCCAUAACUACCAUGUUCGCGAUACGCAUGAUGCUGGUCAGUACAUGCCACUUAACAAUCAAACAAUUGAUGGAGCUGCCAGCUUUAACAAUCUCUCCGGUCAGUAUGAUGAACGCAAUAAAAACGGAACUAGCGAUUCGGUGAACACCAUUUCAUCAAGCCAAGGAGUCAGUCAUAGCACUAAUGCAAACGAACAAAUUACUGACGGAUCUACGAGGAUCGAGCAUGCAAAAUUGAAGAUAAAGAUUGCGAAGAUUUAUAAAGAAAAAGCUCUGAAACCUUUUACAGAGAACUCGUCGCGUUUUGAUGAAAAUGAAUGGCUCAAGGUUUGGUGUAUUUUUUCAAACGGACUGCGUUCAUACCAAUGCCAGAUGAUAUGUCCACUGUGUUUCAAAAAAGUGACACCACAGAAUCGUUCAGAGCCCGGUAGCUUACCUCGAUGGGAGCUAACAAUAGUAAAGGGCCAUUUGGAGCGCAUUCACGCUACAAAACCCAAACGAACAGCUGAAGCGAGUAAACACGGUGAUCAUGUACGAGAGGACGAAGAAAAAAAUGAGGAAGAGGGACAAAAAAAGAAUGGGGAAAAAACGGAAAUUGCAAAUGAGGAAGAGGCACAGAAGAUUGUCGAGGAAAGACAUCAAAAGACAUCCGAGGAAAAGGCGCAAGAGAAACAAGAGGAAGAAAUUGAGAAAUCGGUUACAGCUGAAUUGGAUUUGGUGUCGGAACCAGAGUCACUGAUUAAAACAUCUUCGAGCUCAUCCGAGUCAUCAUCGGAUGUAACGGAAUUGUCGUCGUCUGAUUCGGACGAUACCACUGGUAAUAUUAUAGUAUUGCAGGCAAGAGUCUAUUAA